AUGGCGGAUCAGGAAGAUUUGCAUAAUGAUAAUGAUAGUCAAGCUCAUACGCUUGGCUCAUCGUUUCUAAAUCUUCCUCCAGUAAACAGAUCUCCACGACGCGAUCGUCAAACAUUUCGUACAGCAUUUGUUCAUUCAGCCGCAAUACUAUUCAUACUAUGCUGUGGCGGUUGUGCUAUUCUCGCCUAUCAAGUAUUAGAGCCGUUUCUCCGCAGUAUUUUGUGGUCAGUGCUCGCUGGUGCAUUUCUGUUCCCAUUGAAAAAUCAUUUAACGUUUCACGCUCGUGAGUAUCUUCGUCAAUUAGAUACAGAUUCUCAUGUAUUGCUCUACGGCUUGUUUAUUCUCUUGCCCUUGCGAACACUUGAUCGAACAAUCGAAUCGAUCGGUCCGCUAUGCUUUCGGAAUUGGAGUGGAUUACUGUUUGUUGCACUAUUUACAAGUAUUAAACUAUUGCUUCAAAGUGAAGUUCUGUAUGGUUGGGAUAUGGGCAUUUUCAGUUUGAUUAUCAAUGGAUUCGUAUUUUUCGUUCAUAAGUGCGACUCCGUAUGGAUAACGACAUUGGUUAUUGCUUAUCUAAUUGCGGUAAUCAUGGUUUAUGAUAGUUCUCCAUUGAUUAAAAGUCUACUGAAUAUCAUUGCCGUACCUGUUUGGUUUAUUCUGUUCAUUUAUCUUUCACAAGUGCUUCCGGUGACUUACCGUUGGAUUGUUAUCAUUCUAUCGAUUGUUUUGAUAACAGUAGGGUUCGUUGUUGAUUCCAGUGAACAUUUGAACCGAAAUGUCGAUCAACCUGAUGAUACGAAUGACCAGCCAAAUCGAGCAUUUAUCUUCACUAUUGUACGCGAUGUCUUCUCUUGGAUUCGAUCUUAUUUUGCAACAAGGCAAGCUGCAGAUCAAUCACCGACCACCGCGUUGUCUUCCGCUGUAUCCGCACCAUAUUUCACCUUUGUACUUUGGUCACUAGUUGCCAUUAAAGUUUAUCGAUUCUAUGGGUAUUUAAUCUCAAUUCUUCUUUUUGUCGUCAUUUACAAAAUUAUUAAAUUUCUUCUGAUUAAAACGUAUGAUUAUCUGAUAAGACAGGAGGGUGUUCAGUAUGUUAUUCAACAAGCCAUCCUCUUUCUACAAGUUCGACGCGACGUUUUAACUCCAUCACCUUUGUCCGGUCUUGUUCGUUGUUUAAUCAAAGGUGACAAAAAAAUCAAUUAUGGCUUGCAAGAAUCGAUUGAUUAUCUCGUUAGCGCAUUCAUGAUUGUUACAUUACUCGUCAGUGUUCUUCUUGGUACAAUCCUUCUUCUUAUUCAGAUUCAUCACGAGAGUAUUCAUAUGGUAAGAGUAACAAGUAAUCUUAUUAAUGAAACCAUUACACUUCAUCAAUCAUUUCAAUAUAUGUUACCGGAUAAAGAACACGUUGGACAAUUGAUGGAUUCAGCUGUGAAUAACUUCUAUUUUGUUGGAAGGAAUUGGAUUACUAAGCAGAUCAAUGUUCUAGAUCAAAAUCAUUCGCUAAAUGCAAAACUUGAAGAGGAAGUUCUACAAUUAUGGGAUCGUGUGUAUUCUUACAUGAUGAAUACGUCAACAAUCUUAUCACCAAAUGAGAAUCGUAGUGCGAUUUUGUAUUCGCCAAGCAAUCAUACAUUGAUAGUACCAAAUGUGUUGAGUCAAAUGCAAACAAAUUUUGACUUUCAUUUACACGAUGCAUAUCGUUUAAUUCGAGAUAAUCUCGGUUUAUUACGUACAGUUCUGGAUUCAAUUUGGACAAAUACAACUCUUGUGUUAACAUUAUUAUCGACCAUUGUUUCUUUACUCUUCACCGGUGGUUUUGCUUUGUUCAAUUUCCUCGUUUCAUUUUUUGUCUUUGUCACUCUACUCUUCUAUCUGCUUUCGCAUUCGGAUCAACCGAUUUAUCGGCCAACCGAAUGGUUGAAUAACACGUUAGCAAUCGGUGAACGUGGUCUUGGUAAAGCUGUCAACGAUGCUGUAACAAGUGUAUUUAUUGCUUCACUUAAAAUAGCUGCAUUCUAUGGACUUUACACUUAUGUUCUACAUACAGCUGUUAGUUCAAAUCUUGUCUUCCUACCGGCUGUUAUUGCAUCGAUAUGUGCAGUUAUACUGAAAUCAUACUGGGCUGCAUUGCCUGGCUGUUUGGAUCUAUGGCUUGUCCAACAACGACCUAUUGUUGCUCUAGUGUUGCUGCUUGGACAGAUUGCACCAACUUACGUUGUGGAUACUGCUAUUUAUAGUGAAGUGAAAGGCGGUGGACAUCAAUAUUUAACGGCCUUGGCUAUCGCUGGUGGUGUCUAUUAUCGAGGAAUUGAAGGUGCUUUGAUUGGCCCAAUUGUUUUGUGUUGUCUGUUAGUUGGUGUCAAACUAUACAAUGAAACAAUGGCAACAACAGCAUCUUCAACUCAUGAGCAAGAUCCGUCGACACCAUGA